AUGGCUUCCAACCCCCAAGACCCCGACAGGGUGGACCAGGCGUCCACGCCCACCCUGUCCGCCUUCGUGAUGAAGAGCACGGGGGACCAGGAGCUGGCCAUCCUCAUGCACUCCAUCGCCCUCUGCUGCAAGUCCAUCACUCGCGCCGUGCGCAAGGCUGGUAUCGCGGGACUGUACGGCCUGGCGGGCACGGACAACUCGUCUGGCGACCACGUCAAGAAGCUCGACAUCCUGUCGAACGACAUCAUGAUCUCCGCGCUCACGGAGUCGCACAUGUGCGCCGUGCUUGUGUCGGAGGAGAACGAGGACCCGAUCAUCAUCGAGGACUCCAAGUCAGACAAAGCACAAAACAUCUACUCGUGCAACGAGGGUAACUUCGACAGCUGGGACGAGGAGAUCAAGCGGGCGGUCAUGGGCUUCAAGACGGAGUCGCCCCCGUGGGCGCAGCGCUACGUGGGGUCCAUGGUCUCGGACGUGCACCGGACGUUGUUGUACGGCGGGCUAUUCCUCUACCCCGCGGACAAGAAGUCCACCAAGGGCAAGCUGCGAGUGCUCUACGAGGGCUUCCCGAUGGCCCUCAUCAUCGAGCAGGCCGGAGGAUCCGCGUCAACGGGCAUGUUCAAUGGGUCUAUCGGCCGGGUGCUGGAGAUCACCCCCAAGGACAUCCACGAGCGGUGCCCCAUCAUCAUCGGAAACCCUCCGUUCGUCGAGCGGGUGUUGGACGAGUACAAGAAGGCGUGAUCGCGUCCCGUCAUAUCACGACACACACCUACUUUAAUACUUGCCUGUCUGUGUGAUCGGUUGCCAUUGAAUGAAAGUGACACGCAUGCUUCAUGCCUGCUGUGUGAUCGAUCAUUCAUUGUGAAUGGAAGGGAGAGGAAAGAGCGGCGUUUUUUGUUUCUGUGCCGAAGUUGAUGUAGGGGAGACAUGUGUUGUAAUCUCCUCUCUCAAGUGUUGCGUGUUUAUUUUGUCGGUUUCUCGGCAGGAAAGCGUUGUCGUUGUUCGUUUCUUGCCGCUCCCGCGUCAACCCCCAGAGAUGGGGGUCUUAGAGUGCUAGGUGCAUAUGCCACGUUGUUCGUUUUGUUGUUCAUCGGUCGUUCAUGGUCUCAAAAAAGAGAGCUCUCUCAAAUAGAACAUCUCUGGAGAGAGAGGGGAGUGGCAUCGUCGACUCAUUGUCUGACCGACUGAUUUAGCUCUAUAGGAUUGUCCUUGCGUUUGCUGUGUGUGCGUCUUUCGUUCUCGUAUUUUUUCUUUUUCUUGUUUCCGUCGACUCAGAGAUAGGUGGACAUGAUAGGAUCCGAUUUGGGUUGGCUGCUUUCUCUUGUUUUCGUCGACUCAGAGAUAAUAGGUGGAUAUGAUAGGAUCCGAUUUGAGUAGACUGCUUUUUCUUGUUUUCGUCGACUCAAGAGAUGGGUGGACAUGGUAUGACCCGGUUGAGCAGAUUGCUUAGUCCUUAACCUCACCAGCUCCGAAAAAAGAAGUGGGCCACUAUGUCUCCGAAAUCGGCGCAUACGUACGUAGACUGUGCGCCAUAGACAAAAAGAGAACGAACAGAGGAAAAGAGUUCGACGCUGAUCUGGUGGAUAUAGACAACCUUUUCUAUCGACCGCAAGGAGUCCGUCAACCACGGUACAGAGAGAGAGAAAGAGAGGUUGAUGGCGCCAAUUGUCUUCUUGUUCACCUCCUUGUGCCCGCCGUCCUCUCCAGAAAUUUCCGGUCAGCGAAAAGUCUCUCGUCACCCGGUGACGUCAUCCACCGUCGUGACGUCACCUCUCGGGGAAAUUAUUCACAAAAUUCUAUUUCAC